AGACUGCGCAGAGCGAGAGUGGAAGUAAGGCUGAUGCAUCAUCGAUCUUUGUCCUUGUAUCUGAGAGUAUGCACAAAUGCUCUUACUUCAAGAGGUGCUUGUACGAAGUAAGUCUAUGUCUCAAAGGCAGUUCGUCAGAAACCUUAUUCACUCAACCCAAUCUCACUAACAUUUGCUCAAACUGGACCUCCAAGUUGCGAGCCGUACAAAAAUCCACCCUUUUCCUCAACUCCCCGAUCGCGACCCACUUCCGCUGAUGACAAAGCGAUCAGAACCCAAGCGCGGUCACGUGGUCGACGUGACGCGAUCGAAGCCGGCGCGUCGGAGUCCAGCCCAAGAGGACCCGUCUGUCAACUCUCUGUCAUACCAAGUAAUUCCUGUCUGCGAUAGACCCAUGGACUCUUCCUUCGAUCUCCCCGACUCCACCGAUUGGAUCAAGACUUCCCUACCCGCGUUCGAACCGCUCGAGGCUGCGUUGCGCUGCGAAGUCUGCAAGGAAUUCUACAACAACCCUGUCAUCACGUCGUGCAGUCAUACCUUCUGUUCAAUAUGUAUACGAAGAUGCAUUGCGGCGGACGGGAAGUGUCCAAGCUGCAAGACUGGAUGUUCCAGCGACAAACUGGCGCCCAACAUUGCCGUCAGAGAAGUGGUGAUGCGGUUCCAGGAGGCGAGACCAAAGGCUAUGGAGUUGGCGCGUGCAGACAAAGAAGGAGAGACUGCAGCAGCUAGUAAAAAGAAGAGGAAACUAGACGAUACGGAUAUGGAAGAUGGGGACAACGUCAGGCAUACACGGUCGCGACAAACACGAACGAGAAGCCAGCGCAACAACGACAGGAGUGAAUCGCCAAUGGUCGUCGCUGAUAGCGAGGAUGAUGGCGAUGAGGAUUUCAUGCCAGACGGCAUGGCUAGGUGCCCAAUGUGCAACAAAGCGAUGAAGGCGGAGCUGGUCUACAACCAUCUGGACGUAUGCACCGGGCCUGAAGCUUCGCAGGGACGCAGUACCCGGUCAAGGACUAAAAGCGCCUUUCCACCUGCCUUCCAAAUCCGGAAGAAGGACCCCUCGCCUCCGCCUAUGAGAUUGUCACAGCUCAACUACGCUAUGUUGAAGGAGACUGCGCUGCGCAAGAAGUUACAAGAAAUUGGCAUACCUACCUGGGGUACAAAAGACUUGAUGAAGAGGCGACACAUCGAAUGGCUGAACAUCUACAACUCGAAUUGCGACGCUGAUGAGAGCGUGAGGAAGAGUAAGAAGCAGCUUUUGAGAGAGUUGGAUGAGUGGGAGCAGACACUUGGUGGGAAGGCGGGCACUAAAGAGAGCAAAAUAAUGAAGAAGGAUUUCGACGGCAAUGGGUAUGCGAAGUCACACAAAACCGAAUUUGACGACCUAAUAGCGCGAGCACGGCAGAAGCGAGGCACCCCCAAGACAGACAGUGAAGAGCCUUCUGAGCGAAACACGCCUGCAAAAGAGCAGAACACCGAAUCGCAUGUUUGCCACACGGAACCAGUCAACAGUAUCGAAAUCUCUAACCAUGGAUCAUCGUCGAACCAUGUUCCCUCGGAUAGACAAGCAUCGCCAUCGAAUAGCGGCAAUCCUUGCGAAAACAACGAAUUAGCGCUUGAUGGUAUACGAGCGAAAGUUGAAGAAGCCAGAAUCACAUCCGCCGAAGUACCUGCCUUGACGUCUGAGCAGUCGAUAGAGGGCGGAGGAAGGCAUGGCUCAGCGACUAUGGACGGCGUACAGAAUUCUUUAGGAAGUCCAAAUCGCAACAUGCCCAUGGUUGCGCUUCCAGAAGAACCAGUCCGAGAUGUGGAGGGAGGCACAGCUGUGCAAUCUUAGGUAGUUGCGAUGAUUGACAACAACAGAGCUAAAGGCCCAUCUUUUAAAAGGGCUCUCAUCGUUCCAAUAUUGGUGUCUUUCGCACAUAACAUCCACACGCAUUUGUUAAACAAGACAUUUACAC